AUAUAUAUAUACUAUCUUGACAAGGUUCAUACGUCACUCUCUCUUUUUCUCUCUUGGUCCUGUUUAGUUUCUUCACGUGUAUAUUUGUGUCCCUAGGAUGAUGAAUUGGUUACCUGAGGAAGGUCUUACUGCUGAUGAUUUCUUUGAUGACUUCAUCAACACCAUCGACUUUCCAUUACAAGACAUUGAUGAUGUCACCACCAAUGGUGAGGUAGAAGAUUGGGAAGCCAAAUUUCAACACCUCGAACCUCCUCCUAUGGAUGUCUUUACGAGUUUUCCCUCGGAGUUCACCUCCUCUUGUGGCGUUAACAGGCUCGGCCCUCUGGGGACGGUACCUGUUUUGAAACAGUCCGGUGCUUGUGGAGCCUUGUCUGGCAUAAACAGCAGCACUCUCCACCAGGCUUCAUCACCUCAUGAUAUCAAAGUCUCAAAGCUGUUUCAGUCUUUAAGCCCAGUGUCAGUUUUUGAGAGCAACUAUGCUUCUUUCUCACCACAGGACUCAAGAUCUCAGAGAAUGACUUCCCCUGUGAAAGGCAUGAGAAGCAAGCGCAAACGCCCCACACCCACACCAGUGAGAUUCAAAUACCUUCACUCGUUUGAAGCCAGUAAGCCUGAGAAGUUAACUCCUGGCGAAUCAGGAUUCAGGACUUACUAUGCUUUUGAACAACAUGCCAAGAAGGGACGCAAGAUUUCAUCCCAAGUGACAAGAAAAUGCAAUCACUGUGAGACAACCGAGACUCCGCAGUGGAGGGAAGGACCCAAUGGACCAAAGACUCUCUGCAACGCUUGCGGCGUGAGGUUCAGAUCAGGCCGUCUAGUUCCAGAGUACAGACCAGCCUCGAGCCCGACCUUCGUCCCAUCUGUGCAUUCAAACUCACACAGGAAGAUCAUGGAGAUGAGGAGGAAUGAAGGUGAUCAGUUCCACACCAAAAUGAUUCACGGAAUGAUAUCAAGAGCAUAGAGACAAGAAGGCUGAAUCAGUUUUGAGUUUGGGAACUCACUGCAG